GUCAAGAGGCAGAUGCUUCUGUCGGGAUGUGUCAUAGAUUUAACUGCCCUUCCUCCUUACUCCGUAUGUAAUAUAAAGUCAACAGAAGACAUAUCAUCGGUCUUUGCCAAUGACAGCAUUUCUUUUUCAUUUAUUGAAAAUCUCUUUGUUCAAGAGGCAUGGGCGAUUCUGCAGGCCAGAGUUGCAGAAAAAAAAGAGAAAGACCUUUUUACCUGCAAAUCUUGUGCAGAAAGGGACAAUGGGGAGUUUAAAAUGAUUGAGUGUGAGGGGUGUUUAGAGUGGUACCACUACCAUUGUGUUGGUUUGCGUAUGCAGAAAAAAAAGAGAAAGACCUUUUUACCUGCAAAUCUUGUGCAGAAAGGGACAAUGGGGAGUUUAAAAUGAUUGAGUGUGAGGGGUGUUUAGAGUGGUACCACUACCAUUGUGUUGGUUUGCGUUCCACUUCUAAACCAAAUAAAUGGUUUUGCAUUGCUUGCUGGGGGUAA